AUGGAGAGCUGUACCAACAGCAUGUCUGACCCUGUAUGUCUAGAUGUGACGGACGCAAGCGGUCGCUACUCCUCACAGUUCUUCUUCGGCAAUGACUUCUGGCUCGGCUCCCACACGCUGUGUCAGGAGCUCCAGAACCCGAGGACCAACAAGGUCAUUCCUCCGUUCAAGGUCAACUUCCACGUGGCGAUCCUGCGGCUGAGGCUUCCUCACGAGCUCACCCCCAGAGGUCGCCAGAUCUCACUUGGGGUGUGUCUACCGAAGGCUUGCAGGGGUGAGGACAUCUCUGCUCUACUGCAACCCGAGGUUCCAGCAACCGAGGCCGCACUCCUUCCCCAUACUCUACAGGUCCUCAGAGUUCGCCCUAUCCCAGGAGAGUACAGGCUCCUGAGGGAUACGAAGCUUCACAUCAUGGCGACUGUGACGGCAAUUCUUCUGGUGAUGAUUGCUGUCGGCACAGCGUACGAGAAUCAUCUGGAGAGGCAGCAGCGUAGGCGAGAUAAGGCCCCUAGUAACAACAAUGAGGCUGACAACAAGCUGGCCUCACCCCUGGAUAAGAUCUCUGCAGACAUGCGCCAACUCGCCCACAAGGGCAACUCCGACUCUGACAUCUCCACCUCUGACUCUUUUAGAGAACCUGUGAGUGUCCUUGGACAAGUAUUCCUGUCUUUUUCCGCCCUGUCCAACGCCCGGAAGAUCCUGCACUGCGGAGCAGCUCCCAAGGACUCUCUGACGUGCGUCCAUGGUCUUCGGUUCUUCAGUCUUGCCUGGGUCAUCAUGGUCCACACAUACCUUCAGGUGUUCGCCAUCGCAGAAAACAAGACUCUGAGGACUUUGACAGAGAGGAAUUUCAUGUUCCAGACCGUCAGUAACGCAACGUUUUCUGUUGAUACUUUCUUCUUCAUCAGUGGACUGCUGGUGACGUACCUGUACUUCAAGACCCUCCGACCUGAACCUGUCGCCCGACGCAGCCAGGACUGCAGCUCCCAGUUCCAGUACGGAGCGAGGAGGUUCUUCACCCUUGUCGGCUAUCGGUUCAUCAGAUUGACGCCAGCGUACAUGUUCGUGUUGGGAGUGGCCGAGCUGAACAUGAGGUGGAUCAAGAACAACUCAGUGUUCGAACCGGUGUCCUUGGACCAGAUCAACUGCGACCGCUACUGGUGGAGGAACGCCCUGUACAUCAACAGUCUCUUCCCUAUGAAAGAUAUGUGUAUGCUGUGGAGCUGGUACCUGGCGAAUGACACUCAGUUUUACAUUAUCGGAAUCCUGAUUCUGCUUGUUUCUAUCAGGCACUUCCGUGUGGCUGUAGCGGCUUUUCUCGCCUUCCUCGUCAGCUCCUGGGUCGUCACAGGACUUGUCUCUGUCCACUAUCAGUACAAAGUCAGGGUGGAAGAGCCGUUUGCUCUAUUUGAUGAGCUGUAUGACAAGCCCUGGACCCGACUUGGACCCUACCUUGUGGGGAUGUUUUCUGGCUGGUUCCUCUUCAAGACAAAAUGCAAAGUUCAUGUUUCAAAGUUCACAACGGUGGCAUGCUGGGUCCUGUCCCUCAUGGUGUUGGCCAGCCUGGUGUACGGUGUGCUCAACGCUCAGUUGGGAGUCUCUGGUUCUGCGAUCUACGUGGCACUGGGACACACGGCCUGGGGGCUUGCCCUAGCUUGGAUAGUCAUAGCUUGCUGUACCGGACAUGGCGGUUACAUCAACACGUUGCUGUCAUGUCGUCUGCUACACCCUCUCUCCCGCCUGACGUACUGCGCGUACCUCAUACAUCCAGUGCUCAUGGCAUCUGUCAGCUUCCAGAUGGAUGGCCCUCUCCAUCUCCACAACGCAUUGGUGAUGGUGCUUUACUUCGGGAACAUUGUGACAUCGUUCUUGCUAUCAUUCGCCAUCUCCAUGACAUUCGAGGCACCCAUUGUUCGCUUGCUCAAGGUCGCUAUAUCCCCGAAACCUUCAAGGACUAACUCUAUUGAGGAAUAGAAAAAAUACUGGGUAGUGUACAGAAUAGUGUCUCUCCACAAGUGUCUGACUGAGUUUGGUGCUGCCCCUACUGUACUACAUAGUGCCAACAUCGCGGAAUCGAUUGUGUUUAAACCCCUUGCCUCCUCUCAUGUGAAAUACUUGAGUGACCUUCACUUGCUCAUCGAUGAAGCUAGAACGAUUCACUCUCAUUAUUUACUAAUAAUUGUGAAUAAACUGCAUGUUUUGUUGUGAAAAUAAAAAAAAAAUUACAGUUUGUAAAUUUUGUUAUAUUUAUGUAGUCUUUAAGUGUCAUGAGAAUUGCAAUAUUAUUUAGAAUUAUAAUAAAAUAAUAUAACUUUUGUCUUUGUCUUAGUUGGUAAUAUUCGUGUCUCAAAAAUUAAAAAUUGUGCAAGUAAUGUAACAAUAAUAACCUAUUCUUACUAAAGAGAAUUGUAUAAUUUUUUUAGGUAAUUAAGUUAAUUAAAGUGUAAAAUGUCUUAUUGUUGAACUAUCAAAAAACACAAUUUUGAUUAUAUUUUUAAAAUAUACUCGUAGUUGAAUAUUCUUUAUAAAACUAAAUACAAAAGUAAUAUAUUUCUUAAAAUCUUUGCUUAAUACUAUGGUGAACGUGUAUUACUACUAAAAUACACUUAUAUUAAAAACAAUUUAAGUAUAUAUUCAUGAAUUCUCGUGGAAUUGUUAUUCAUGCCAUUCUUUUCAGUUGUGAUUAUAUAAACUUACCUUAGCCUGAAUAUAAAACAGUAGUUUUAAAGUUACCACUUCGUAAAUGGAGAACAAGUAAUUUUACUUAUAUUUUGUUCAGUUUCCUACAUUCUAAUUUGCAUUGGCUUAACAAAUGUUCAAAUUGUAAAUGAAACAAUUCUUUAUAUUCACAAAAACUAGAUUACACAAACAAUAUCCUCUCUAAGAGCCAGCUUUAAUGGCAGACAUCUUGAUUUUAGACUCACCAGAACAAUGUUAUACCUUAAACGAUUUUACAUCUUUAUUUUUGUAUGUCAAUUAUUAACAUGUCUCAUUUUAAAGAUAUGAUUAAUACACACCCAAACACUUGCAAUAUCAUUAAUUGCAAUUCAAGACAAAGGUCUGUUUUAAUUAAAAAUUAUAUGCUUUACAAAAACAACCGAUAAGCAUUUGAAUGCAUAGUAUCAUUAAAAUUAGUCACACGCCAUAUUCUAUGAUCAACAAUAAGAGAAUUAACUGUUUUAGAGAGGGUUAACACUUUCAUUAUAGGAUAAAACUCAAACUGUUUACUAUUUUUAAGAGAACCUACUUGUAGGCAUCAUUAUUUUAGUUACAUAAGAACAAUGUUAAGCCUCAAGCACUUUGCUCUCUUAUUGUAAAAAAGUAUACAUUUUACAAUAAACAUUAAAAGGGUUUGGAUGUAUAUUAAUUAUAUGUUUAAAAUGAGACAUCAACCAUGAUUCUACAACCAAACAUAAUGGUUUAAAGUAUUUGAGGUUUAACAUUAACCUUAUGGAGUAAUCAAGGUCAUUCCACUACAGCUGGCUCUUAACCUUACUUUAUGUAAAGAAUGUGUAGUUCAUAUUUUAUAGUAUGUGGCAGUCAUGCCCUUCUUAUCAAUGGUAAUAAACCAGGAUAGUCAAUGUGUUUUUAGAGUAAAAUUUAUCUUAGCCAUUCUAACAACCAACAGAACAAUUUCAACACAAUUUUUAGAGAAGUUUUAUGGUUUUCUCAAUUAAUAAUGAUGUUACUCUAGAUUUUAAAAUUAUAACAUCUGUUUGGUUGUGAAAAAAUUUAAGAAAAUUACUGAAGUUAACCAGUUUAAAUAAUAAUUUUGAUGAUGAUUAAGAUUAUUAUAACUCUCAUACAAGUAGUAUAUAGCUGUUUUUAUUAAUUAAUUCUGUUUUAGUAUGUGUCUUUAAUUCAUAAAAAUGUCAUAAUUUAUUCUGCAGUGAAUUAUUAAUUGUUAUGCAUUCCUUAAGUAACAUAAUAUACAUGU